AUGUGUGAGACGGAACAGCCCCUACGGCGUCUCGAAUUCGCCCCUCCUUUGAGGUGUGAUUUACGAGCCUCGUUUCUGCCUCAGAUGCGCAUAGGCGGCGACAGGCCGCCCCCGCCCCCCGACCUCCCCCACUUGUUAACAGCCGCCGCCGGCUUGCCUGCCGAAGUGCCUUGUGUUAGCACGCUGUUUCUCGUUUCGACCCCGUGCGUGAUGCGGUUCUUGUUUCAGGAUCUGGUGGACGCUGACCGGCAAUUUCGGCAACAUACUGCCGAUCGACUGGUCGAAAACGUACGCCCGCAGUCUUCAGCUGUCCGCAUUGAACCUGCCACUGAAAGUAAGUCUUCGUGGUUUUGCUUCUCUUCGUUUCUACUGCUGAUUCCGUACUGCCGGUCGCUCAGCUGCUUUUCGUUUCUGCUCUGCAGCAUUUCAACGGUUGAGACCGAUGAUGAUCAGCCUGUUGAUCAUCAAGUCCAAAGUAGCAUCGUGUUGUCGGACGUGAAGUCUCCGAGAGACUCGACUGAACGACAACGCAGUUACCCUUUGCAGUUUCUAGCCACACAUUUUUGA